GGCGCACAUGUUUGAUGUGCUGGAAGAGAAACAUGUCAAUUUACUUAUAUUAAUGGUUGAAUUUUACGUUAUUAGUCAGGGACCCUGAGAAAGUUACGUAGUGUUGUUUCCAUUAAACGUUUAUUAAUUUUUUUACAAAAAUAAAAUGGUUCGCAAAAAAAUCGAUAAUAGGAUUCGUAUUUUGAUAGAGAAUUGUGUUUCAUCUCACCAUCGAUCCUUGAUUGUUAUUGUUGGGGAAAAAGCACGUGAUAGCGUUAUCAUAUUACAUGAAAUGCUUUCUAAAGCUGAAGUAAGAGCUAGGGCAUCAACUGUCUUGUGGUGUUAUAAGAAAGAUCUGGGAUUUUCUACGAAUAAAAAAAAGAGAAAACGCUUGAAGAAAGCUCAGGCACUGCAUGGAAAGCAGCAUCUUGAUGAGAAUGAUUCAUUUGAAUAUUUUUUAGCAUCUACUAAUAUACGAUAUUGUUAUUAUAGUGAGACUCAUUCAAUAUUAGGUCAGACGUUUGGAAUGACAAUUUUGCAAGACUUUGAAGCUUUGACACCUAAUUUACUUGCUCGCACUGUAGAGACUGUAGAAGGCGGUGGAAUGAUUCUUAUUCUUCUGCAGACAUUAACAUCUUUAAAACAGCUCUACACAAUGACUAUGGAUGUACAUGCACGCUACAGAACAGAAGCUCACCAAGAUGUUGUGUGCAGAUUUAAUGAACGUUUUAUUCUGUCUUUGCCUACGUGUUCUGACUGUUUAGUUUUAGAUGAUAAGCUCAACAUAUUGCCAAUAUCAUCUAAUGCUUUGAGUAUCAAACCUUUGCCACCAAAAUCUCUGGAUGGCCCAAAAUCUCUUGAAGAAGAAGAACUAAUUAGUUUGAAAUCUUCAGUAGAUUCUUCACAACCUGUGGGUGUGCUUGUUAAAUUGUGCAAAACACUUGAUCAAGCAAAAGCUGUAAUAAAAUUCGUAGAAUCAUUGUCAGAAAAAACUCUUCGAAGCACUGUAACGCUCACUUCUGCAAGAGGUAGAGGAAAAUCUGCUGCUUUGGGACUUGCCAUUGCUGGAGCAAUUGCUUUCAAAUACACAAAUAUUUUUGUAACAUCACCACAUCCUGAAAACUUAAAAACUCUUUUUAAAUUUUUGUUAGAGGGUUUGGAUGCAUUGGGAUAUGAGAAAACAACAGACUAUGAAGAAACAAGGUCUACAAACCCUGAAUUUAACAAAGCUAUAGUUCAAGUCACUGUGAAUCAGAAGCAUCGACAGACUGUUAAAUAUAUUAGUCCAUCUUCUAACUUAAAAAUUGGGCUUGUUGAACUGGUUGUAAUAGAUGAAGCAGCUGCUAUUCCUCUUCCUUUCGUAAAAAGUUUACUAGGUCCAUAUUUAGUUUUUAUGGCUUCUACUAUUAACGGUUUUGAAGGAACUGGCAGAUCUCUUUCACUUAAACUAAUCAAUCAAUUACGAAAACAGUCAAGCAAUAACCAAGUUAAAGAUGAUGAUUUAGAGUCAAGCAAAAAUUAACUUGCAAAGGCAUCUUUAAAACGAUGUUCUGUAACAGAACGUGUUUUGCAUGAGAUAACAUUGAAUGAGUCCAUUCGAUACAGAAAUGGAGACAAAGUUGAAGAUUGGUUAAAUCGUUUGUUAUGUCUAGAUGCUACUAUACAUGCUUCAAAAUUGCUUACUCCACCUCCUGCUACAGAAUGCAAAUUAUAUUACGUCAGUCGUGACACUCUUUUCAGCCACAAUAAAUUUGCUGAACGUUUUCUUCGCAAACUGGUUGCUAUAUUUGUAGCUUCUCAUUACAAAAAUUCUCCGAAUGAUUUGCUGAUAAUGUCAGAUGCUCCUGCUCAUCAUAUAUUUUGUUUAUGUGCUCCUUCUACCAAAAAAUUGCCUGAAAUUCUUUGUGUUGUACAGGUUUGCAUGGAAGGUAAAUUAUCUCAAAACACAGUGAAGCAAGAACUCAAUCGUGGUAGGCGGGGGGCUGGAGAUCUUAUACCUUGGACUAUUUCACAAGAGUUUUCAGAAGAAGAUUUUCCUGCUCUUGCUGGCGCUCGUAUUGUUCGAAUAGCUACUCAUCCUGAAUAUCAGAGGAAAGGCUAUGGCUUGCAAGCCCUGAAAUUGCUACAAGAAUUUUAUGAAGGAAAACAUGUUUCUCAUUCUGUUGCUCCUGUAAGCAUGACUCCAAAGCUUGUAGAAAAUGAUGCUGAAAUAAUCGAAAAUGCUCUAGAAGAAAGAUUAGAACCCCGAACUUCAUUGCCACCAUUACUUUUUGAACUUAAUCAGUUAAAUCCAGAUAUUUUGGAUUAUAUUGGUGUAUCGUAUGGCUUAUCUAAUGAUCUGUUGAGAUUUUGGAAAAAGGCUCGUUUUUGUGCUGUUUAUCUAGGCCACACACCAAACCAACUUACUGGAGAGCAUUCUUGCAUAAUGCUGAAACAGCUAAAAGGACUUGCUACAAAGUCGAAGUGGUUGCCUUCGUUUUGGUUUGAUUUCUGUGAAAAGAUUAUUCAGUGUUUACCAUAUCCCAAACUGGCAGAUUCACUUGCAUUGGAUCUUAUCUCCAUUGACAUUUUUAACAAUGAGAGACCUGCAGGUAUAAGUAAAGCUGAAUUAUUUGCAUACUUGAGGCCUCCUGAUUUUGAUCUCUUGAAAAAGUUCUCUGAUGACAUGAAUUUUGGAAUUCCUCCCAAUUACAUUACAGCUGUACUUGCACAAUUUUAUUUUACCCAUCGUAUAAGAGAGUGCCAUCUUAACAAAUGUGAAACAAUUUCAUUGUUUUCUAUUGGAAUUGUGCACAGAAGUUAUGAAGAAGUAGCAAUGGAUCUGAACUUAACUGUAAAACAAGUAAAAGAAAAUUUUGGUUCAGCAAUAAAAAAAGUAGCAGACUCUAUUCUUCAUUUAUGUGAAGAAUAAUAAAUUGAGCUAUGUAUAUAAUUUUGAAUAUUUUAUGCUGUAAAUUUUGUAAAAUGUUUUAUAUGUAUAGUAGAACUGCCAAUAAACUAUUUUUGGACCACA